AUGGAGAAUCCAAAUCUGCUCCCUGGGCAUGGUGCUUUCCAGCAGUCUGUGCAUAUUCAAAGCUAUCGCAGUGUCUUUCUUGAAGACGGUGAUUCCUUGAUUGCAUUACGAUUGUACCAUAAUACUUUCAAGCUCGCUGCGAGACUCGGAUUCCUUGCAGUGGAGUCACGUAGAAUCAACCUGCCCUUUCCAUGUUCUCAUCAUGACCAACGUCAAAGGGAAGUUUGCGAGUGGCGCGAAGCGUUGUGGCUGUUAUGGAACUCGCCAGAAGCCCAGUUUCUCGCCCGGGCACAGGAGAGCUUACCACUAUUUUUGCAAGAAAUCCUCUGGCAGACCUCUCUGCUAUACCAUACCUCGCUCAUCUUCUCCUACACCAGUCUGUGGCCCGGCCAGUGUCUCGGACCCGGAGCUGCGCCUCAAGAAGAAGUUCGCCACCAUGCUGCAGCUAUCUUCAGCAUCGCAGAAUCUGUAAUGGCGCAAAGCAAAGAGAAUUGCUGGCGCUCCGUGACCUUUCCUGUUUUUCUCGCGGGAUCCGUCACCUCUUCCAGCGAUCUCAAAGUGAUAGCCCUGGACAUGCUUUCCAGAUUAGAGGUGCGAGAGAUCGGUCGCAAUGCAACAAGUAUCCGAUACCUGUUUCAGGUGGUCUAUGAGCGACAGAUGCAGCAAUCCCAGGGCGUCGGCCAUCCGGGAAGCGCUGACUGGAUGGAGAUACUUGCGGAACACGGCCUGUCUCUGGUGGCUUCCGCGUGA